GCUAGCUUUUGUGCUUCAAGCAAAGCUUUUAGCUUAUGUGACUCAGUACAAAGUUGUACAGUAUCCUUCAAACUCACAGCCCAGCCAGAAGAAUCUAUCAGUGAGGCAUCCUGCGAAUCUGCUAUGAAAGAAGAUGAAACUCCAGUGGUACCGCUAUGUCAGAAGCAGUUGGCAAUUGAAAGAGCAACACCUCAAGGUGCAGAUUUCUCCUCAACUGAACCUCCUGCUCCCUCUGUGACAGAGAAAGAGCUCUCUGAAACGUCCUCCAUUGAACAGGGUAACCAUGGCAGUAAGGAUGUAGCAGAGGAGGCCACCAUGAGCGGCCUGCUUGUAGAGUCCAAAGUAAAAGAAGCAAAACAACCUCUACAUUCUGAGGAGUUAGAAAAUCUUAAAGGGGAAGACAAAGAGGGAAUCAUCCUCAUAAGCAAAUCAGGAGUCCCUGUGGAUGAAAACAAGGAAGAACCUGCAGCUGUUGGUGAGAAAUAUAAAGAGGGCCAAGGCAAUGGCAGUGACAUUAAACCGCAUCAGGCACCAGCAAAUGACAUUCAAGAAGUGGACCAAAUGCGAGAAACAGUCAAGUCAAGUCCAGAACCUGACACAACAUUGAAAGCUACAUCAGAUAUUGUUGCAGCUCACGAUUUAGGACAGAAAACCUACUUUGAGACAUCCGCAAAAAGCCAGGAAAAGGAGUUAUCACAAACACAGAGCUAUUACGAACUCAGCACAGCAGCAGGGGCAACGUUAAGUGGGGGAACUGAAAGCAUUUUGCAGAAGCUUGAGGAACAGCAGGAGAGAAAACCCAUAACAUUUCCUGGUAAGAUGUCAUUAGAACAAAGGAGUCUCUCCCUAAACAUUACUGUAGGAUCUAUGGCAGGACAGACAGUGACUGGAGAGAAGUCAACGUCCCUCUCUGGAAGAUUAUGUCCAAUCAGUGGAAGCUUUGAUGAAUCUGAGGUUUACCCUUCAACACCAUCUGUGGAGAGCCAACACCAGUUUCUUCCAGCUGUCUCCAUUAGUACCACAGAAUCGUCUGAAGAUAUCCCCACUAAAGUAGAUACUCCUUUAUCCUGUGAUAAACACAACUCUAGAUUUGAACAUUCAGGCAACCUCUCGGAGAUGUUGGACUUGGCUGGAGCCCUGCCUCGGCCAUCAUUAGAGAAGAGGGAGUUUGACCAAAUGAGACGGAAGUCCAUGCCCACCAAUGUAUCAGCUCUGGUGGGGAGUUCUUUGGCCAGGCUCGCCUUGGGAGAUCAGCCCUCGAGAACGGUGGGAAGCGAAGCCCAGCUAGAGGAGCUGGGUUACUGUGUCUUCAGCGAGUACUCAGGCCCCAUGCCUUCUCCUGCUGAUGUACCCAGUCCUGGGGACUCUCCACACCAGCAUUUCCCUUCUAUAGCGAGUGAAGUUGAGGCGGAGCUUGGGGUCAUGGAAGUUGAAGGUGUUCAAAAAGUAAUUCAGCAACAAGACCAUAAAGGAAUUAUUCCUGAAAUCUCUCAAAAAACAACUCUUGAAAAGAAAGACAUACCAGUAAAGACUAAUCUAAUUCUUGAAAAAGCUGUGACAAGUGGAGUAAAACCUGAUCGCCUAAGACUCCCAAUGACUUCUUCAAAAGACAGAUUGACUGAGUUUCGUUUGGAGAGUGGCCUGCCUGGGGACAUAAAGAUCCAAGCAAUCCCUGAGGUAGAUGUUGAAAAAGAUCCUUCCAGGGAGGCUUCUCCCAUCCCGCCAGACAAUUCCUUUACUUUCAAUCUUGCAGAAACUGGAAGCAAGGCUCCCCCAACUCCAACCACACCCAAGUCCCCAGAUGAUACACCCUCAGAAACCCAAAUCACUGAAGAGAAGGCAAGGAAAGAUGUCUUACCAGAGAACACAGCAGAAAAUGAUCCAGAGGCUGAGAAGAUUAGUUAUAAACAGACAGAGUUAGACAAGGAAAUGCAGAAAUCUGAGCAGGGGGAAUCAGAAGAAAGAAGUGAUGAACAAGAACUGGCAGUAACUCAGUCAGAGAACACAGAAAAAAAUGAGAAGAAGACUCAAAGUGAGUGUGGGACACCUGAAAGGAUAGAAAAGCAAGAGACCUCAAAAGCUGUUCAGGAUUCAAGCCCUGGAAAACCCUUAGAUGAGAAAAAUGUUCAAAUCCAGGUACAGGAAGCGAUUCUGGAUAAAUGCUCACCAAGGCCACACAUAUCCUCCCCAGUCAUCAUUAUCCCUCAAGCACAAGUAGAGGAAGAAGCAGACGAAGAAGAUGAUAUUGAGAUUGCUGAAGAACCUGAAGAGAUGAUGGAGGAGGCUGAGGUACCCACCAAGACGGAGAAUCUAAUCAUCGAAGCUAAGAAGGAAGAGCAAAAGAAAGAGCAGGUGAUUCUGAUGGUGGGUGAUCAGAUGUUGGAAGAAGAUUCCAAGUCUGGAGCAGAAGAAUGGACUCAUAGUGCCCAAAACAGUGAUGAUGGGGAGCUUGCGACAGACAGUUCACAUUUGUCACCGUGCUCUGAUCAUGAACAACCAGUUGAAGGUACCAAAGAAGAAAACAUGGAAGAGGAUAAAGUAGCAGAAGACAUACAGAUAUGUUGGGAUGAAGGGAUAAAAGGGCAGGACAGGGUUGUAAAGGAAGACCAAACACGUGAGCAGGCAGUGGAGGAAGUUGGUUCUGACAUGGUAGGUGGAAAGAAAGGCCAGAAAACAAUGGACAAAGAGGAUGAGGGGGAGGAGAGGAUGGGUGAAAAGGAAGAGGAGAAAGACAUAGAGAUCGGUCAAGAGGUGGAAGAAACUUCUGAUGUGCUCUGUCAGAGCAGUCAGGCAGCUAAGGAUGAAACCACCAUGGACGUCUCCCUCCUAGACACAGACAGUGGCUGGAUGGACUCACAAGAUGAUGACAAAAGUAUCAUGACUGAGCAUAUCGAAGCCCUUCCUCGGACCCAGAGUCCGAGCAGUACACGUGUGGCGGACAGACCCGCUAAACGGGCCCCUGGCAGGGGAAGGGGCCGCCCUGGCGUCACUGAGACUAAAGUGUUCCGCAAAGUAACCAGUCACCAUCCACCAAGAGAGGAGAUGAAGAAGAAAAAAGUAGGAGUGAGGAGGGCUGACCAGAAUAAGGUGUCAGCCCUUCAAAGUCGUUCUCCGUCUCGAAAGAGUGUAGCCAAAGCGGCAGCCAGACAUCCUAGGCCUGCUCUGCUUCACGGCUCUGCUAGACGCAAGGCCACAGGUGUGGAAAGCCAUCAGCCCCUCAGUGUGGCCCACCAGUCCAGGGAGAGGACCACUAGCCCCACGCGGGCUGUUCUGUUAAAGAUGGCAGUUCAGCGCCGGGCGUCCGAUCACCAUCCUCCCCGGCCCGGCUCUGCCUGUAGCCUUAAACGGAGCCCCCUUGUUGAGGCGGAGCUCAGUGAGGUCCGCCCUUCCUCUGCAUGUGCCCGCCAGUCCCCUCUGCCAAACAAAUGGGCAGAGAAGGAGAGAGCAUACCGCAGUCCAGAGAAGAGGUCGUCCUUGCCCAGGCCCGCCAAAUCCCUGACACGCCACAUACCUGCUGCUGAGCAAGAGGACAACAGCACACCCUCCAGGCCAACCUGCACGGAAUCGGCCCGUUCCCGAUCAGUCCGCAGCGGCGCCUCCACCCCUGGCUCUGCCGUCACACCUGGCACACCCCCCAGCUACUCCUGCCGCACCCCUGGCUCACGUACCCCUGGUAGCCACACACCCAAGUCCUUCGCCGUCCUCCAGGAGAAGAAGGUGGCGGUGAUCCGAACCCCGCCCAAGUCCCCUUCCUCCGCCCAAAGGCAGCUGAAGGUUCUCAAUCAGCCCCUGCCUGACCUGAAGAAUGUAAAGUCCAAAAUAGGGUCCACUGCCAACCUGAAGCACCAGCCGAAAGGCGGGCAGGUUCAGAUUAUGCAAGAGAAGCUGGACUUCCGUCAUGUUCAGUCAAAGUGUGGCUCCAAGGAUAAUCUGAAGCACACGCCCAAAGGAGGCAAUGUCAUGAUUCCGAGUGUUAAGCUGGACUUUAGCCACGUUCAGGCUAAAUGUGGCUCCAUGGACAAAAUCCAGUACACAGCAAGCGGAGGAAAUGUCCAAAUCCAGAGCAAGAAGGUCGACGUGAGCCACGUCACCUCCAAAUGUGGCUCCAUGUCAAACAUCCACCACAGACCAGGGGGAGGCAACGUGCGAAUUGAGAAUGUGAAGCUGGACUUUAAAGAGAAGGCCCAUGCCAAAGUCGGCUCCCUGACCAAUGCCACCCACACUCCCGGAGGAGGGAAUAUCAUGAUCGAGAGCCACAAGCUGACGUUCCGGGAAUCAGCCAAAGCCCGGGUGGAUCAUGGCGCAGAAAUCAUCGUCACCCACUCCCCUGGGGUCGAGACAGGAGGCACGUCCCCACGCCUGUCCUCCGCUGGCAGCGUCAACCUCCUGGAGUCGCCUCAACUGUCCACGCUGGCCCAGGAUGUCACCGCCGCCCUGGCCAAGCAGGGCUUAUAAGCGGGCUGCCUCCUCUUUGGAUACCCUCAAAUAAAUCCACAACUCCUCUUGCCAUCAAUCUCAUUCACCACUCAUCUAGUGUUCUCCCAAGGUCCUUCACUGCAUUGUGACCCCCCCCCCCUCCAUUCACAUACACACGCACA